AUGCGAGUACUACUUAGUACUGGCCAACCAGACAGAAAGGUAAGUUGCCUGCACGAUCUGAUGGCGCACGGCAAAGGAUUGGGCAAAUAUUGGGGUGAUCAAACCUGCAUCCCCGCCCGCGCAAAUGCGGACGCCGCCUCGUGCCCAGUCGAAACCACCCGCUGCCCCGCUAGUACUGUCAGCGUGCGACCAAUCACAAGAUAUAUCCCCCCCCCAGCAGCGCUUCUUUGCAUGAAGCGGUUGUUAGCUACCUGCCUACCUGUAGCCUACCUACUGCCCACAUCGCGCCCCAACGCUACCGAUUGCUUCAUCCUCUGCCUCAUUUCUUCAUUAUCCCACGAACUUGAUCUCGCCUCGCUCGACGUGCGCACGCCUGCACCCGACCCUCCACGCACGUGUCCACCAAACAAUCGCCAGACACUGGCUGCGCCGCCCAUCACGCAGACUCACCACGCAUUCUAUCGGUUUGUUAAAGAAUUGAACACUAACCUGACAGCCACAGCCCGAGUCGCACCCAACGUCGCUGGAUCCGUGUUCGCGCCACCCCACGUUCAGAUGCAGAUUCAAUCGCAGCCUUCGGACCGCUCUGUGGCCUCACAAGGUAGAAAACGAUCCAGGGAUGAGGCCGGUGCCAACCUCGAGCCAGAUGCGCCACCCAGACCAAUCGUCGAGCCGCAGGACGACUGGGUAUAUGGUGAAGGAAUGACACUGAUUAAGCCCAACGCUGGCUAUGUUGCUGAUGCCAGCACCCAAUCUGGCACCUGGAUGGAAGAAGAAACUGCCUCAGCGGAUGCGGAAGUGAAGCGCCAGCUCGAAGCUGCCCAAGUCAACGUCCGAAGCCGCAAAUUACAGCGCAUGGGUAGUGACGAAGCACCAACUGCAGCCAGCUGCGGAAAUGUAUCACCCACCACACCUGCUCCGGAAUCCAAUGGCCCAGUUAUUGACAAUUUCACACUCCAUCUCGGUAUUGGAUGGCGUAAGAUCAGCGACGAUGACCACAUCCAAGCGGCGGCCCGAGGCUGGGCCAAGUUCAUCGAAAAUCACUACCCUCUCAGCGAUGUACAAAUAUGCCUCGAAAGCAAGGGGCUCCAGUCAUACCUCGUGAAAGCCACAGAUGGGUUCUUCCUUUUCUCAGAGGACCUUCGACAAGCACGACUCGUCAGCCACAAUGCCGAAACUGCCCUACGCAACCUGCAACAAUCUCCACCAGUCUUCGAAAGCGCAGAAACUCUCUCAAGCGUGGGCACGCCUACUGCUCUCACACCAAGCGGCAAUGAUAUGGACAUGAAUAUGAGUUGA